AGGAGCCGCAGGGUGUCGCUGUGACCCCCGGCCGCCUUCUCUUGGCCUCCUCCCCGUUCCCGCCUCCUCUCGCUGGCAUUCGGCGCUGCGCACACAGUGAGACCGGAACGCUGAGACCUGACAGAGCCGGAGAUGCCGACCGUGGAGGAGCUGUACCGUAACUACGGCAUUCUGGCCGACGCCAAGGACGAUGUCAGCCAGCACAAAGACGCUUAUCAGGUUAUCCUGGAUGGUGUGAAAGGAGGCGCAAAGGAGAAGAGACUGGCCGCUCAGUUUAUACCCAAAUUCUUUAAGCAUUUUCCAGAGUUGUCAGACGCUGCUCUGAAUGCGCAGCUGGAUCUGUGCGAGGAUGAGGACGUUUCGAUCCGUCGGCAAGCCAUUAAAGAACUGUCCCAGUUUGCUGCAGGAGAGAACCUCCCCCGUGUGGCAGACAUUCUCACACAGCUUCUGCAAUCAGAUGACUCUGCUGAAUUCAACUUGGUGAACAAUGCUUUGCUGAGCAUAUUCAAGAUGGACGCUAAAGGCACGUUAGGGGGCUUGUUCAGCCAGAUUCUUCAAGGAGAAGAUAUUGUCCGCGAGAGAGCCAUUAAAUUCCUCUCUGCCAAGCUGAAAACGCUUCCCGAAGAUGUAAUGACCAAGGAGGUGGAGGACUUAAUAUUCUCUGAAUCCAAGAAGGUUCUAUAUGACGUAACAGGAGAGGAGUUUGUCCUGUUUAUGAAGAUCCUGUCUUCACUGAAGACAUUGCAGACAGUUAGUGGAAGACAGCAGCUGGUGGAUUUAGUGUCUGAGCAAGCAGGACUGCAUCAAACACUGAACCCGGCAGACCCAGACUCGGUGGACCGCCUGCUGCAAUGUAUGCGCCAGGCCGUGCCUCUAUUCUCAAAAAAUGUCCACUCCACUAAAUUUGUGACCUAUUUCUGUGAGCACGUUCUUCCCAUCCUGAGCUCCCUGACCAGUCCGGGUGAGGGCAUUGAUGUCCAGUUGGAGGUAUUGAAGCUGUUGGCUGAGAUGAGCUCAUUCUGUGGCGACAUGGACAAAUUAGAAUCAAACUUGAACAAACUUUUCGAUAAGUUACUGGAGUACAUGCCGCUACCACCGGAGGAGGUAGAGAAUGGGGAGAACACCGUCAGUGAGGAGCCUAAGCUGCAGUUCAGCUACGUGGAAUGUUUACUCUUCAGCUUCCACCAGCUUGGGAGGAAAUUGCCAGAUUUUCUCAUUGGUAAAGUGAAUGCGGAGAAGCUGAAAGACUUCAAAAUCAGGUUACAGUACUUUGCCAGAGGACUCCAGGGGUACAUUAGACAGCUACGCCUGGCUCUGCAGGGGAAGUCUGGGGACUCGCUUAAAACAGAAGAGAACAAAAUCAAAGUGGUAGCCUUGAAAAUAACCAACAAUAUCAAUGUAUUGAUCAAGGAUUUGUUUCACAAUCCUCCAUCGUACAAAAGCACGGUCACUCUGUCUUGGAAACCAGUCCAGAAAACAGAUGUUGGACAAAAGAGACCAAGUGAAGACACUUCAUCCAGUUCCCCUCCAAAAAAGCCUAUUGGUGGACCAAAAAGGGACUCCAGGCAGAUCUACAACCCGCCCAGCGGAAAAUACAGUGGAGGCCUGGGACCCUUCUCUUACGGUGAGCAGAGAGGUGGAUUCCGCGGCGGCAGAGGAAGAGGUUGGGGUGGACGCGGGAACCGCAGUCGAGGGAGAGUUUACUGAGUGAGGCGAGACUGACAUGGGACACACAGAGCGGACCGGCAGUGAUCACUGCAACGAGGACUGCGUGUCGCCUCCUCCGUCACCAGCGGCCACAGACUUUACAUGAAGAGUUCUUUCUACCUUAGUAUGUACCGAGUGUUUUCUAUUUGGAUGUCCUGCAGCCUCAGACACCCGCUGCACAUCCAGGAUUACUCAGAGCUGCUUCCAUGUUUGUCACACAGUUUCCAGUCUGGAAGGUUUUGGUUCUAAGAAUUUCUGUGUUCUGAAGACGUUUGUUCGGUUGUCGUCAUCCUUCGUAAUGAAGCUCUGAGGAUCGCACAGCUGCGUUCAGCUGCAUUUUGGAUUUGUAGUUAACUUGAGCCCAUUAACAUUUUGGUUAUUUUGUCAUUGCCAAAAUACGCCUCUGUCACCUGGACCAAUGUCUGCAUGCUUGUGUUGGGCGCAUGGGUUACAUCUAAAUGUUGUUUUUGUUUUUUUUAGUAUAUAUUGUUUCCCCAUGUAGUUUUCUUAAUUAUCUUUUGUUGUAAUCAAAAGCUCUUUUUGUUUUUAAA